CAUCACAGUUGAGCCUUUUCUGUAAGCAUAUCCUUGUCGUCCAAAGUUUCAAAUGGCUACUAGUCUCGACUCUCUCAGCUUCUUCCUCCUCCUCCUCCAUGUAUUGCUGCUAAGCUCUUCCUUUUUCAUAACCGAAGCUCGUCCUUUCAAUGCUGCCAAGUUUGGUAGCUUUAUAGACUGUGGGAGUGGGAGUUCUUUUGAUGAGCUCUAUAUCAAAGCAAUUAAGAACGGAGGGCCAAGCCCCGGUGGAAAGGGACAUGAGUUCACCAACGUUCAACCACUAGGUGGGAUCAAGAAUGCUGGACCAAGCGAUGGCGGGAAGGGACACGAGUUCGCUAACGCUCAACCAUUAGGCGGGACAAAAAACGCUGGACCAAGCCCUGGUGGAAAGGGACAUCAGCUUAUCAACACUCGACCAUUAGGCGGGAUCAAGAGUGCUGGACCAAGCCCUGGAGGAAAGGGACAUCAGUUCAUCAAUAUUCUACCACUAGGCGGGAUCAAGAACGCUGGACCAAGCGAUGGCGGGAAGGGACAUGAAUUCACCAACGUUCAAUCAUUAGGUGGUAUUAAAAAUGCUGGACCAAGCCCAGGUGGAAAGGGACAUCAGUUCAUCAACAUUCAACCACUAGGAGGGAUUAAGAACGCCGGACCAAGCCAUGGUGGAAAGGGACACGAGUUCAUCAACAUUCAACCACUAGGAGGGAUCAAGAACGCCGGACCAAGCCAUGGUGGAAAGGGACAUGAGUUCAUCCACAUUCAACCACUAGGAGGGAUUAAGAACGCCGGACCAAGCGCUGGUGGAAAGGGACAUGAGUUCAUCCACAUUCAACCACUAGGAGGGAUUAAGAACGCCGGACCAAGCGCUGGUGGAAAGGGACAUGAGUUCGUCGACAUUCAACCACUAGGAGGGAUCAAGAACGCUGGACCAAGCCCUGGUGGAAAGGGACAUUAGUUCAUCAAUAUUCUACCACUAGGAGGGAUCAAGAAUGCUGGGCCAAGCGACAGAGGGAAGGGGCACCAGUCUGCUACAAGCAUGAA